CCAGUGUCCACACUGCUCUCUCUGACUGAUCAUGGCUAGCAACAGCUUCUUCCGAAGAAAACCCUCCAGCUUUGGAACAAACAUCACAAUCAACGAUGAGUUGAGGAUCGUGUUGGUGGGGAAGACUGGGACUGGAAAGAGCGCUUCUGGAAACACCAUUCUGGGUCGACCGUGCUUUGAAUCCAAAUGCAGCGCCAAAUCCAUGACUGUAAACUGCUCCAAAGUCUGCAGUGAUGUGGAUGGACAGCUUGUUGCUGUCAUUGAUACUCCAGGUCUGUUUGACACCAGAUUUGGAGAAGAUAAAACAGCCAAAGAUCUGGGUCAGUGCGUCCUCUACGCUUCUCCUGGACCCCACAUCUUCCUGGUGGUCGUUCCAAUCGGCAGAUUCACAGAAGAAGAAUUACAAUCAGUGCAAAAGAUUCAAAAAAUCUUUGGAGAGGCAGCAGACAGAUACAGCAUGGUUCUGUUUACCCGUGGAGACGACCUUGAAGAGGACACUAUUGAAGAUUAUUUGUCUGAAAGCCCAGAGCUGCAGGAUCUGGUGUCCAGAUGUAAUAACCAGUAUCAUGUCUUCAACAACAAGCUGAAAGAUGAUAAACCUCAAGUCACUGAGCUGCUGAAGAAGAUCAGAACCAUUGUUGACAGGAAUGGAGGAAGUCACUACACCAAUGAGAUGUUCCAAGAGGCUGAGAGGGCAGUGGAGGAGGAGAAACAACGCAUCCUGAAGGAGAAAGAAGAGGAAAUGCGUAAAGAGAGAGAAGAACUGGAGAGAAAAUUAAGAAAAGAGUUUGAGGAAGAGAUUCAGAAAAUGAAGGAGCAAUUCCAGGCCGAGAGAGAGAGAGACAGGUUAGACAGACAACAUGAAAGAGAGGAAUGGAGAAAGGAGAUAGCGGAGGAGAGGCGGCAUCAAUGGGACAUGAGAAGGGAAGAGAAAAUGGAGAGAGACAGGCAGUUCGAAUACCUGACAAGACAACUAGAAGAACAGAAGAUCAGGGAAACUCAAGAAGAAAAAUUCCAGCUGCAGUACAAACUACUGGAGGAGGAGAACAAAAGAAAAUUACAAGAAGCAGAAGCUAAACUGCAGCAAGAGCAACAACGUAAGGCCAGAGAAGAAGCUGAACAUCGCGGUACUUCUGGAUUUUGGAAGAAAAUGAAAAAUCGAAUUUUUAGAAAGUGGCUCUACACUGAAGACACUCCUCCGGAAGAAUCCCAAGGCGUUCCCAGCCCACACGAGAGACAUAGCCCCUCCAGCGUGUCCUGGAUCUUCCCUGGACCCUCCUCGCUGUGGGACGUACCCAGAACACAUCACCAGGCGGCGUCCAGGAGGCAUCCUGACCAGAUGGUCGAGCCACCUCAACUGACUCCUCUCUAUGCGGAGGAGCAGCGGCUCUAUCAGAUCAUCAUAAGCAACAGCGGCACCCCAAGCAAGACCUCCAUCCGUGAAACAAACAUUACAAACGACAAUGAGUUGAGGAUCGUGAUGGUGGGGAAGACUGGGACUGGGAAGAGUGCUACAGGAAACACCAUUCUGGGUCAACGGUGCUUUGAAUCCAAAUGCAGCUCCACUUCCAAGACUGUGAACUGCUCCAAAGUAUCCAGUGAUGUUGAUGGACAGCAGGUUGCUGUCAUUGACACCAGAUUUGGAGAAGAUAAAACCAGAAAAGAUCUGAGUCAGUGCGUCUGUUACGCUUCUCCUGGACCCCACAUCUUCCUGGUGGUCGUUGCAAUAGGCAAAUUCACAGAAGAAGAAAAACAAUCAGUGCAAAAGAUUCAAGAAAUCUUUGGAGAGAGAGCAGACAAAUACAGCAUGGUUCUGUACCGUGGAGACGAUCUUGGUGAUACCACUAUUGAGGAUUAUUUGUCUAAAAGCCCACAGCUGCAGGAUCUGGUGUCCAGAUGUAACAACCAGUAUCAUGUCUUCAACAACAAGCUGGAAGAUAAGAAACCUCAAGUCACUGAGCUGCUGAAGAAGAUCAGAACCAUUGUUGACAGGAAUGGAGGAAGUCACUACACCAAUGAGAUGUUCCAAGAGGCUGAGAGGAAACUCGAAGAGGAGAAACAACGCAUCCUGAAGGAAAAAGAAGAGGAAAUACGUAAAGAGAAAGAAGAACUGGAGAGGGAAAUAAGAGAGAAGUAUGAGAAAGAGAUGGAGAGAAUGAAGGAGCAAUUCCAGGCUGAGAUGGAUGAAAAGAGGAAGUUUGAAAAAGAAAUCGAAGAAGCAAAAUCCAAGCUGCAGGCUAAGCAUGAAUCUGAGGCCAGAGAAGAAGCUGAGCAAAAUAAUUCUGUCCUUCUUUUGGCUACACCUGGAGAGAACAUUGGAACCAACAUUACAAACAACGUGUUGAGGAUUGUGAUGGUGGGGAAGACUGGGAUUGGGAAGAGCGCUACUGGAAACACCAUUCUGGGUCGACGGUGCUUUGAAUCCAAAGGCAGCGCCAAAUCCCUGACUGUGAACUGCUCCAAGGGCUCCAGUGAUGUUGAUGGACAGCAGGUUGUAGUGAUUGAUACUCCAGGUCUGUUUGACACCAGAUUUGGAGAAGAUAAGAUAAUCAAAGAUCUGAGUCAGUGCAUCUGUUACGCUUCUCCUGGACCCCACAUCUUCCUGGUGGUCGUUGCAAUCGGCAGAUUCACAGAAGAAGAAAAACAAUCAGUGCAAAAGAUUCAAGAAAUCUUUGGAGAGGCAGCAGACAGAUACAGCAUGGUUCUGUUUACCAAAGGAGACGAUCUUGGUGAUACCACCAUUGAAGAUUAUUUGUCUGAAAGCCCAGAGCUGCAGGAUCUGGUGUCCAGAUGUAACAACCAGUAUCAUGUCUUCAACAACAAGCUGAAAGAUAAGAAACCUCAAGUCACUGAGCUGCUGAAGAAGAUCAGAACCAUUGUUGACAGGAAUGGAGGAAGUCACUACACCAAUGAGAUGUUCCAAGAGGCUGAGAGGGCAGUGGAGGAGGAGAAACAACGCAUCCUGAAGGAGAAAGAAGAGAAAAUACGCAAAGAGAAAGAAGAACUGGAGAGAGAAAUAAGAAAAGAGUUUGAGGAAGAGAUUCAGAAAAUGAAGGAGCAAUUCCAAUCUGAAAGAAAGAAGGAGGAAGAGGAGUGGGAGAAGAGUAAAACAAAAGAGAUGGAGGAGAAAAUGGGGAGGAGUGAGGAGGACAGUAAGAGGAGAAAAAUGGAGAGGAGAGAGAAGAAUGAGGAAGGGGCAGAGGAGAGGAGUGAAACACAGGAAAGAGAAAUUCAAGAAGCAAAAUCCAAGCUGCAGUCCCAGCAUGAAUCUAAGGCCAGAGAAGAAGCUGAGAAAAAUAAUCCUUUCUAUAAUUUGGCUAAAGGUGGAAACCACUUAGGUCAUCGUGUUAAGACUAUGUUUAAAAACAGAAUGUAAAAAGUGAAAGUUGGAAACUUGCUGCUCAUACAAACAUGACAAUGCCUGCAUCAAUCUGAAAACAAAACAUUUGAACUGCAAGUUUCGUUAUAAAAACAUGGAGAACAGAAAACAACAAACUAGAUUCUGUUUCUUUCAUUGUGUUAAUAAAUGCAGUCAAUCUCCAGUCAGAGUAAAACUCCUUCAAGUUAGUUUGUGUUUGCUUAUUAUUUCAAAGUAUUUCAUCUACCACUUGUUAAGCUUUUGGAAAAUAUAUAUUAUUGCUAGAAAGAUUGUCAUAAAUAGAAAAUGACAGUAAAUAAACUAGAUUCACAAUGAUUUUCACGUCAAUAUUCUUUCACUUUUUGCAAUAAUUCUCACUUUGUGAUGAUUGUUUGAACUGAUUUCCAGUGUUUGUUAAUGUUUCUGUUCUGAAUAUAGAAUCACAAAUAAAGCUUGAUGAAAACAAUAAA